UCGCGAGCGAUUGUCUUCGUUGGCCACUCUCUUGGUGGACUUGUGAUAAAGCAGGUGUGUAUGGCACGCCACCAAACGCCGAAUCUUGCAGAAAUUUACAGAAACACGAAAGGCGUGCUCUUUUUGGGCACACCUCAUCAAGGGAGCGACAAGGCUUCCCCGGCCAAUAUUAUGGCGAAUGUAGGGACUUUGGUUCUCCGUCAACCAAACAAACAGUUGCUGCAGAGCUUGGAUCCUAGCUCUAGCACUUUGGAGUACUUACGUAACAGCUUCACGACAAUCUCACAGCAUAUGCGUAUCGUCUGCGUUCGAGAAGAAAACCCUACAGCUAUUGGCAUAGUGAGCUCCCUAUAA